AGAAAAACAAACACAAACUGAACAUCCUGCUGAUUCAACCUAAUGCUUCCUCAUUUUCAUUAGAAAAAAGAAAACUAUUUUGAAAGAUCUAAAAAACAAAGGAACAAGAAAGUACUUUAAAAGAUGAGUCACCUAUUGACACACUCAAGAUGAAAAACUAUAUAAACUUGCAGACUGGAUACAAUUAUUGUAUCAACUAUAGGGUCUUGAAGAAUAGUUUCUUAACAGCAAGUAUGCUCUACUCUGCAUUAUGCAUAGUGAGUCUCUGGACAUGCAGCCUUGCUUUUCCACUGCUCCCUAAAAUUAACAGGACUUAUUAUGAACAAUGGGAAGUAGCCGAGGAAUAUCUCAAUAAAUUCUAUGCAUAUUCUCCUGAACCACAAAAAAAACAUUUUGAAAACAAAGUAAAAGAAAUGCAAAAAUUCUUUCGCCUAGAAGAAACAGGACUUUUAAAUCACAAAACUAUGGAAAUAAUUCAGAAACCUAGAUGUGGAGUACCUGAUGUACAAAAUUUCCAGUUGUAUCCUUUCACCCCUAAAUGGCCUUCCAAUGUCGUGACCUACAGGAUUGUUUCUUAUACUUCGGACUUACCAAGAUAUAAAGUGGAUCAGUUAGUAGAGCAGGCUUUAGGCAAAUGGAGUGAAGUUUCAGCAUUGACCUUCAAGAAAGUGCUCAUAGGAGAUGCAGAUAUUAGAAUUGGUUUCGCCAGAGGAGCUCAUGGGGACUUCUAUCCAUUUGACGGACCAGGAGGAAUCCUAGCUCAUGCAUUUGAACCAGGGAUAGGAAUAGGAGGAGAUGCUCACUUUGAUAAUGAUGAACAAUGGAGUGAUGGCAGCCAAUUAGGAGUUAACUUUUUAUUUGCUGCUACUCAUGAACUUGGCCAUUCCCUGGGGCUAGGUCAUUCUUCUGACCCUAACGCUGUGAUGUAUCCUACCUAUGAUGCGUCCAACUCAGGGGACAUAAAUCUGUCAGAGGAUGAUAUCAAAGGGAUUCAGGCACUUUAUGGAAAAGGAGAUUAAUUUCAGAAGUUACAAAUCUAAAAGAAAAACAUGCAUUCAAUAGAUUCUUCUACAUUCCUACUCUAUCAAGAUGAUUUAAUUUUUUUCAUGAAUUUCUAUAACAAUCAAAAUGUUUUUAAAUUAAUGGUUUUCUUUAAAAAUCAAAGACUAAACACAAAAGUACAAUGUAUUGUUUCAUUAAUUCAUUUAUUUUAUUCAGCAAACGCUUAUUAAGCAUCUACUAGAAACAAAGUACACUGAGGACUUCGAGCUAUAGACUGUCUACAUCAUCAGGGAGGACUGGCCUCAUUAUUUUCCCUUCAUAUUCACUAGUGCUGUGAUUAGUGCUAAAACCAGUGCUUCAAAUCCUUCCUUAUCAUAUCCAGAGCAACACAAUCACAACUGAGUUGGUUGAUGACCAGAACAAGGGCAGGUUUGUCUUAGAACAGAAUCCAACCACUGAAGCCUCGGCUGGAUGAGUGGCUUGCCCUAAA